CCGAACAGCUACACUUGAGUGUAAGUCAUCGCCUUUAUAUUCACCGAAGCUGCCCCUUCAAUCCGUGACUCUGUCAGUUACUGCGAGGAACAACGUAGAGCAAAAACCCAGCAUCGCCAUGCUAACGAAGGUUUCCAUCGCCCUGGUCUUCGUCGUCGGCCUCGUCGCUACGGCCAGCGUUUCCUUCGGACCAAACGCCGUGCCUUUCGCCUAUCAGGGCAAGGCUUUGCCCGCAAAUGCCUCUCACAAUCUGAUCUUGGGAGAAAGAAAAUUCGGCGAUCGUCUUCUCAUUCGGCAGGCGGUCGUUAAGUCGAGCGCGUGGCUCCAGAUCGUGAAGGAGGACGUAACUUUCCAUACUUUGAACCGCGAGAACAUCACGCAGGUGAAAGCUUUGGACCAAAAGACCAACGGCAACGGAGCGUACCCAUCGAUCACAUACGGCGGACCCGCAAACCACAACGUAACCAUUCACUUCAAAAGCCAGCGUGGUCACGGAAUCAAUUUCAUCGUAGAAAUCUACGGCCGUUGAUAUCUACUGUUGAAAUUUUGUAUUUUUAGACAAUAAAUAAUCAG